AUGGUUAAAUCCCAGGAUCAUUGGUGUCUCAACAAUGGUAACUACACAAGUAAUAGCACGUACAAGGCAAAUCUCGAUACCCUCCUCUACUCUAUCACUUCUUUAAUUGAUGGCAAUGGAUUUUACAAUGCCUCAUAUGGAGAAAAUUCCGAUAGACUAAAUGCAAUGGCACUCUGUAGAGGAGACUUUCAGCUUGAUAAAUGUCGUAGUUGUAUCACUAACGCUACGGAUGCCCUCUUACAACUCUGUCCUUACCAAAAACAGGCGAUCUAUUGGGCUGCGGUUGGUAAUUGCAUGGUACGCUACUCCAAUGAAUCAAUAUUUGGAAAACUUGCAACUGACCCCCGCAAAGCGUGGCUUGUAACAUCCGACGCCCCAAGUCGGCAAGAGUUCAACAGGGAUUUGAGAACAUUGUUGGAUAAUCUCCGCAGCCAGGCUGCUUAUGGUGGCGCUGGCAAGAAGUUUGCUGCUGCCAACACGACUGCUCCCGAUCUUUUGACACUUUAUGGACUAGUACAGUGCACUCCUGAUUUAAGCUCAGAUGAUUGUAGUGAUUGCUUAAUCCAGGUUGCUGAGAUUAUACCACAAUGUUGUAAUGGGAAACUAGGAUUCGGAGUGUAUUGCCCCAGCUGCCUUCUUCGCUACGAAACCUAUUUGUUUUAUAAUGAUACUUCUCUGCCGGCACCACCACCACCACCAAUGUCACUACCAACACCACCACUACCGGCACCACCGGGAAAGGACAAAAAUACAACUCAAACUAUCAUUAAUGUUAUUGUUCCAAUUAUCGUGGGUCUAAUAGUUGCUCUUUGCAUUGGUUUCUUCCUAAGGUUUAGACAAAAUCAUAAACCGAGGGCAAAACUUGAAACUCGCGAUGAAAUUAGUUCUGUUGAAUCCGUGUACUAUGAAUUCGGUAUAAUUAGAGCAGCAACAGAUAAUUUCUCCAAUGCUAACGUGCUCGGGCAAGGUGGAUUUGGCAUUGUUUACAAGGCUUGGAAAAAUUGGCACGAAGGAAUGAUAACAAAUGUAAUAGAUCCCGCGUUGAGGACUUCUUCACGAUCCUUUCAUGACAUUAUGCGAUGCAUUCAUAUUGGUUUGCUAUGUGUUCAAGAAGAUGCAGCUGACAGACCUACAAUGGCGUCAAUAGUUCUCAUGCUCACUAGUUUUUCUAUAACUCUACCAAUACCUUCACAGCCUGCUUUUUUUGUGUCUAGUUGCUUUGAUCCAAAAAUUUCUCUUCUUCGCGACCUCAAAUCAAUACCAUCAGAGACCAAAGAAUCGUCAUACAGAAGGUCAUCUAAUUCUGCUUGUUUGUCAAUAAAUGAUGCUACAAUGAGUGAGUUAUAUCCGCGGUAA